AUGCCGUCACUGCCGCAUCGCCCAGCGCUGGCUCCUCGUGACGGCAUAUCCAGCUUUGCGUCAAUUCAAAGUUCCGACUCUUACUACAGUAACGAAGAAAUUGCCAUCCUCCACGAUGUCGUCACGGCUGCCCAGGAUAAUCUCGACCUUCUCCCCGAGGGUGAGAGGUUGGCGACGAACGCUCUGUUUCAGGCAUACGACGCUGUUCUCCCAAACUACGGUAUCGAUCCCGAGGAGGACCAUCACAUCUCGCGCUUGGUCUUCCGAGUCGGCGGCGAGCGCGGCGACGGUUCACUUCUGGAUAAACUUCGCAAUGUCUUGGCGAGAAUGGGUAUUGAGCUGGAGUUCGACAGUCGCAGCGAAGGUUCGAGACCGCUUUCUGACCCAGGCGAUGAACGAGACCAUGAAAUUCCGGUGCGACCGUCACCUCCUCACUUCAAUAGCGAACAUAGCUUUGCUACCACGGACGAUAGCUCUUCGGAACAUAUACAGCCACCACAGCAGGGGCGCUUCAGGCCGAUCACUGCCCCAGACGAGGCAAUUCGUAAUGGCGACCGUGCAAACCUCCAAAGGCUGAUGCCCAUAAUUCCGAGGCCAAAUCAUCCCGCUCCUGAAUUCUCCGAACGCUUAAAGCACUCAUCCCAAAGUCACUCGCCAUCCACAGCUGCGGGUACGGAGCCGAGUCACAAGAGCCCACGGUCAGUGGCUGGCUCCAACGAGCACCGUGGGGCUAGCGACACCACUAUUCAACCCGUUGAGACUGUUGCCCACGAUGCGGGAAAGAACGUCAGCAUCGCUGCUUCCCGUCCUGUCCGACCCAAGUCUGCUAGGACAGUCAACUGGCUUCUGCCAGAGGACGUUGGAGCAAGGCCUAUUGUUGAUGGACACGAAACUUCACGGGCGGAGCAAAACAUCCAUUACGAACCAUUUCAAGCACAAAGCGAACAACGUCCACCAAGAAAAGACCAGCCACAAUUCUCACCUGACCAAAACAUGUCUCAUGGCCAGUACCCUCAACACGAGCAGCCCCAGCAAUACUUGCCCCAGCAUGGCAAUCUACAUCAGCAACAAUUUGUAGCCCAGAACGACAUAGAUAACCUCCAACAUCAACAGUACCAACAUUACACUCUAUCCCAGCAAUCCAAUUCCGGUCGUCAGCCAUAUAUUUCGACAGUCGUCCAGCACGAGACCAGCAAGCGGCCCAGCAUUGACUCAAAGAUUCUUGGGCAGGAGUCGUCUAUUAUUGAACGACAUAAAGUACAGCAACAGCAGCAGGAGGUAGCGCCAGUUCCACAAAAGGAACCCUCUGGUGACAACGUCCUAUUCACUAGGCAAGCCACACCUCCCGAUGAGGGAUUGGAAGAUGACCUAGCGAUGCAAGCACGAUACGCCUGGCUGGAAAAACGAGCGGCUCGAGCGGCUCGUUACCUGCAGAUUCUCAGAGGAAUAUCACAUUGGGAGACCUACGCAACCGAGAAGCAUGAAAGAACCGCCGUGGCCAGACGACAUAUUUUGCGCAUGCGCCACUUUGACCCCUGGGAGUUGGUGACAGCAGACGCCAAGCUCAAGGGGCGUCGUAUCUUUACUUCCCGCUUGCUGACCCUUUGGGUGAGAUGGGCUGACGGCGGUGUUGUCAUGGAGCAGCGGGCUGUGACAAUAUCUGCACGCCGUAUAGCUGGAAGAGUUCUGGCCGCCUGGUCUGGUUCAUGUUCAACGGUCACGAGGUUGUCGGUUCGGCCCCAAUUACAGGCUCUCUGUCUCCAGCAAUGGAGAUUAUCUUGUUCAGCCUUGCGCGUGAUUUGUGCACACACAGAAGAACACAAUACCAGAACUUGGUGGUCUUUUGCCUUCAAUUCCUGGCACCAACAGAUGCGAUGUUACCAAGACGGCGUAGCAACUCAUCGGCGCCUCAGCGUCGUCCGGAACUCCUUAGACCACUGGCAACUAGAGACAAGGGUCGAGAUCUUUCGUGCCAAGAUGGGGUUCAAUCUGGUACGCGAUACCAUAUGCAGAUGGCACAACGCUUGUCGACUACCGCCACACCGAGGUACACCUGGGUAUAGCGGCCACAGAAGGCACAUCAACCAAGCCGAUCCGAAGCUGCCACAGACACCCCAUGGCAUGCAUUCCCCUCUGGCCAAUUCUCAUAGAUUGCUCAAGACAACGGUUUUAGACAUCUGGCACCGGCAAGCAUUGGACAUGGCUCGGUUUAGUAAGAGAUCGCGAAGCUCUGCUAAACAUCAAGCGGCACGACACGUGGUCGAUACCUGGCAAGCCGGCAAUCAGCAUAGCUCAAAUCUCUGUACAUGGGCCCAGCGUGGUUAUUUUUUCGCCAGCGUCAACACAGUGGUGAAAACCUGGCGCUCAAAGGGAGUCUGGAGAUCUCAAACGCGAAGGUCUUACGCACGAUGCAGGCAACAUGUUAAGGCCACCUUAACGAAGGAAAAUCUGAGUCGCUGGAAGUCAUUGGCCCGAGUGCAUCGCAACCUUGGCUGGGAAGCGACUAAGCACCACAGUAUGGAGAAGCGGAAUCGUGUUGUUGGUUUCUUGGACGUUUGGUAUAAGGACAGCAGCCGCGAUCGGGGUGCUUCCAGGCUCAUUACAGUCGCAUGGCUCGGCGAGUGGCAUAUCAUUUCGCAAGACCAUGAAAGCGUGCACGGUCGCUCGAAGGAAGUCUGGCAGGAGACCUUAAAAAUGCGAUACUGGGGUCAAUGGCAGUCUACAGUACUUCAACUAAAGAGCAGGGAAUAUGUUGCCACAGAUGUCAGAGAAAGGAAUAAGAAGCAGCUCGUUCGUCGUCUUCUUCACCAUUGGAAAGGAGAUGGAGACAUGACCAGGUCACAACAUUUGAGCGCGAUGAGAGCAAGCCUUGGGAGCUCACGGAAGAGCACUGGACUCGGCAUGAGUCGUCAGUCUUUCCAGCUAUCAAGGACAGUACACGAGCGGCCGGGGACAGGGCUGUUCAGAGCCUCAAAACGCCAAGAAAUGGGCCCUACGGUUGAAGAGGAGGAGGAUCAAGAUGGGGGAGGUUCAGGAGCCGACGCGGACGGAGUCAUCGUGAGCACACCAACACGUUGGACAGGGAUGGCAUCCUCGGUGCAGUUACCAUCCAUGACGCCAUUUGCUCCUUUGCCAACGCCGUUUGAACGUGAGCUUCGAGAGCGGUACAACAGGAGUGUGCCACCAGCCCAGGCUGGUCAGUUGAGCAGGCUCUCUUUCGCACAAGCCCAGAGGCUUUCCACAGCCGACAUGAGUAUGCGACGGGCAAAUGGCAGUCGGCCUGAGGCGUUGGCGCUGUGCCGACCAAGUUUCCGUCGGCGACGGGCAACGACCGCGACCUGCUUUCCCGAGCAAUGUGGCUGCGAGUCUCGUGCUAGUAGGAUGAGAGCAAUCCUCCCAGGCAGGCCCAAUCCUGGGCUCUACGCUCUUGCGACGGGCUUUUGGGACUCGAGGCACUUCAACGUCUAUAUCACGGGCAGCGCGUUCACCAUCCUGUGCGAUCCAGGCACCAUUGUCCAAACCGUCUACGAUGAAGACCCAUCUCAUCUGCAAGCCGUUGCAUUCGACGAGUGGUCUGGAAAGAUCGCAACUUGCACCGACUCCAUCAUCAGAGUUUACAAGCCAUUUGGACAGUCAGAGGACGCUUUAAAGUGGGGACUCCAGUCUACGUUCCUUAUACCCGGCCUUCGAGAUGCUGUCGACAAUACCAUUUUGAGCUGGGGCACAUCCGAAGAGCUCCUCGUAGCUCAUUCUGUCCUUUGCAUGUAUUCGACGGCCGGCGAGCCAAACAGCAUAUGGACGAAAACCCUCCCGAACCCCUCCAAGCUUGCAGAAAUAUCCUACGAUUCGGCGUACAUCGCAUCGGUUGGCUUUCAAGACCGCCUUGUCAAGGUGUGGCGCCGUCUUACGUACGGCGCGGAAGACGUGCGCUUCGACUUGGCCUACCUGCGACACCCAGAUGUUGUAACAAGUAUCCGAUGGCGAAAACCAUAUCAUAUCGAACAAACUGUCCCAAACGUGCUUUAUACUGCAUGUGUCGACAACAAGAUUCGCAUUUGGACUGGGUCCGACCCCCAUGCCCCCCAGCAACUGAAUCUGUGGGGGACCAUUGAUCUGGCUUCGGCGUUCCGGGAGCAGAGUCUCAGCCCCCCUACAACAUUUCUGGCGUUCGUCAUCGACGGCAGGGACGUAUCCGCUGCUACGGAGCUAGCUGUACAACGCCGCCCGAUUCAGAACGGAGAACAAGAUAACGCUCUUGAGCACCUGAUUUCCCUUGCAAACAAGAGCCCUGAGCUAUGUGUCGCCUUCAACAGUGCUGGGGAAACGGCUGUCUUUGUGUUAGAAGACGUAGGGUCUAAAUCCAGCAAGUCCCCGGCCGCGAACUUGUCCCGAUUCAAGCCGCAAGACCUCGAUUUUAUGUGCAGCCAGCACGUUGUGUUACAAAGUUAUUGUGACCGGCGGACUGGGCGACUACGUAUCUUGUUUCACGACUUUGAGGGCCAAAUACAUGUUUACGAAUCUGACUUGGUGGACCUUCUCAGCCCGACAGCCGACCAGAAAUGCCUUUCUCGGCAAUGUAUGUGGUCUGGGCACUCGGCUCCCAUCAAGAAGAUGGUCCGAAAUUUUAGCGGGCGAGCAGUGGUUUCCAGGACAGCGGAAGGCGAAAGCAUCGUCUGGACUCAUAAUGGCAACACCAAAUCAGGAUUAUCGCGGCAGAGUGUCAUUCCAGGUAGUGGACAUAUUCACCGUAUAUGUGUCCUCCGAAAAGGCCGCUUUGUCAUUUUUUUGGAGCAUAACACCAUAUGUCUCUGGGAUUGCCGGUUGCAAAAGGCUACGUUAUUGGAACGUCAGUCCUAUGAGAUUGCCGGCAAGCCUCUGUGUUUGGUGAUACUGCCUAGGCAGCCACACGAGGAGUACGCAGUAGCCCACAUUGCAACUGUCACCUCGGAACGGCAGGGUCUCGUUUGGAAGGUCAAUCUCCCCCAGUAUUCACGUCGAGGGUCCGAAACUUAUGUCAACGGGCGCGAUGAAUGUUCGAUACAGGAGUACUGCAGGUUUCAACUAAACAAUAUCGAAGGUCUUGCCUACGUUUUGCCUGUUGACCCGGCAGGUUCUGCACCUGUCACAUCCGGCUUUCUUGACGUCUUUGCUAAGGAUAUUGCUAUUUCGUACACGCAUUCUGGGCGAGUUGAUUUCUGGACAGCCCGUGUCGAUUGUACAGGGGACAGGGUUGGAUGGCUUUCAACGUGUUCAGCCGAAACGGGGCUUUCGGAGCCAGCAUUGGUGAGCGGCAGUACACUCAAGAAAGCGGCACUUGUCGAUUCGACCAGGUCCCAGCUAUCCAUUUGGGACAUCGGAGCUGCUCGACUCGAAUUCACACAAAACUACGGAACUAACAACAUAAUUCAGGACCUGGACUGGACAUCCACUCCAGACUCACAGUCAAUACUGGCGGUGGGGUUCCAGUCCAAGGUUGUUCUAUUAUGUCAAAUGCGUUUUGACUAUCUCAAUAAAGGACCGGCGUGGGCUGCUGUGCGAGAGAUCAGCAUUCGAGAGCUGACUCCCCAUCCCAUAGGCGAUUCGACCUGGCUUGGUGAUGGGCAUCUUGUUAUCGGUUCUGGCAACCAGAUGUUUGUUCACGGAAGAGAAUAUGAUCUUUCUGGCUCGUUGGUAAAGAGCUUACAGCUUCCCCAUAGAAAGAAUGGUGUAUGGGAUUUGUUUGAAGCUGUUCAACGAUUCAAUGGUCCACUGCCACUCUUUCACCCACAGUUUCUGAGUCAGAGCAUUCUUGCAGGAAAGAGUGCAGCGGUGCGAAAGGUGCUCAUGUCCUUGUACAAGACACUCAAGUUUCACGUCGCGGAUGAACCCAUCGACGACUACCUUGGACUCGAUCCCUCUGAGUUUUACCAGGACGAGGCAUCAGCAAUGCAUGGGUCCGGGUCGCAAAUUGGUUCUCACUUUGAUUACCAGGCAGCUGCGGAUGAAGAGGAUGAAAAUUUUACUGAAGACGUUGCUUAUGCAAUCAACGAGCGGUUGACCAAGGUCGAUAUUGAACAGCUCUCUGGGCAUGAGCAGAUCCAGUUGGCAGACAUUGUCGAGUGUGCCGGGCUCGUUGAGAAACAACGUAGAUCUUUGGAUGAAAAUGGAGCUCGCUUUAUGCUCUUCUUCCGCCAACAUGCCCUACGGAAGGGCCGGACGAGCGAAAUCCAGAUGUCCUGGAGAGAGAUCAACUGGGCCUACCAUUCCACGAGUCAGGACAUUCUUGUUGACUUUGUCACGAAACAGUGUCACAGCUGCAUUCGCUGGGAAGAUGCGAAAGAAAGCGGCAUGUUCAUGUGGCUCGGUGAUCACAAUGCGUUGCGAGCGCAAUUUGAAAAUGUUGCUCGAAACGAAUACACCAAAAGUGACGCGAAAAACCCGGUCGAUUGCAGUCUGUAUUACUUGGCUCUCAAGAAGAAAACGGUGCUCCAGGGUCUGUGGCGCAUGGCAUACGGAAAUCGUGAACAGGCUACGACUCAGCGCUUCCUCGCGAACAAUUUUGAUGAUCCAGUGUGGCGGACAAAAGCUCUCAAGAACGCUUAUGCUCUGCUCAGCAAGCGUCGGUUCGAGUACGCGGCCGCAUUUUUCCUGCUAGCGGAUCAUCUUCAGGACGCCGUCAAUGUUUGUCUCAAUCAGUUGAGGGAUCUCCAGCGCGCAGUUGCCAUUGCAAGGGUUUACGAAGGAGAUCAGGGACCGGUUCUAAGGAAGCUAUUGGAAGAAGAGGUGCUUGCACUGGCGGCCAGGGAAGGCAAUCGUUGGCUCGCCUCUUGGACUUUCUGGAUGUUAAAUCGCAAAGAUAUGGCUGUAAGGGCCUUGAUUUCACCCGUGUAUACCUUGAUCGAAACACCAUAUACCCCUGACAUGCAAUCGAAGUUGUUCCUCACAGACGACCCGGCUCUAGUGGUUCUGUAUGCCCAGCUGCGACAAAAGACGCUGCAGACGCUUCGCGGGGCCUCCAAGGUCACUCCCCGCGUAGAAUGGGAGUUUGUGCUACAUAGUGCGAAGCUGUACGACCGAAUGGGCUGCGACCUACUCGGCUUAGAUCUCGUCCGUAAUUGGGAGUUCUUGAAAUCCGCCAUAAGCACAACGAACGGGCUGGGCGGCGAAAUCAAUCCGCUGAAGCUGCUGCGUCGCCGUAGUUCAUUGGUCGUUGCAGAUCUCCCAAUGUCGCCUCUUCAUGUGGAGAUGAGAUCUGGCGUGAACAGGAGCAAGGAUGCAGCGCCGACAGUCUUCCAGGAGCCGGACUCAAGCUCACUGCUUGAUAGCUUCGGUUUCUAA